UGCCAGGACUUAAGAUGGCGGCAAUAGAGAUCCGGCUGCCGGUGGCCCGCAAGCUGGUGGUCCAGAGCCUGGCGCAGGGGAGCGACAAGCACUUGGUGGCUCCCGGGGACACGAUCACCACAGACACGGGCUACAUGAGGGGCCAUGGCACGUAUAUGGGAGAUGAGAAACUUGUCGCAUCGGUAGCAGGCGCUGUGGAGAGAGUGAACAAACUGAUCUGUGUCAAAGCUCUGAAAACCAGGUAUAACGGGGAAGUUGGUGACAUUGUGGUUGGGAGAGUCACAGAGGUUCAGCAGAAACGAUGGAAGGUGGAGACCAACGCCAGGCUGGAUUCAGUCUUGCUUCUCUCAUCCAUGAACCUACCAGGAGGGGAGCUGAGGAGGAGAUCAGCGGAGGAUGAGCUUGCAAUGAGGGACUAUCUACAGGAAGGGGAUCUUAUCAGCGCAGAAGUCCAGGCAGUAUUUUCUGAUGGGGCUGUAUCACUGCACACGCGGAGUCUGAAAUAUGGGAAGCUUGGCCAGGGUGUGCUUGUUCAGGUCUCUCCCUCCCUCGUGAAACGCCAGAAGACUCACUUCCAUGAUCUACCCUGUGGCGCCUCCGUGAUCCUUGGCAACAACGGCUUCAUCUGGAUCUACCCAACGCCCGAGCAGAAGGAUGAAGAGGCAGGGGGCUUUGUCACCAAUCUGGAGCCAGUCUCCGUACAUGACCGGGAGGUCAUCUCACGACUCCGGAACUGCAUCCUGGCUCUGGUUGCUCAGAAGCUGAUGCUCUACGACACCAGCAUUGUGUACUGCUACGAGGCCUCCCUUCCCCAUCAGAUCAAGGACAUUCUCAAACCAGAGGUGAUGCAGGAGAUUGUGCUGGAGACCCGGCAGAGGUUGUUGGAACUGGAGGGUUGAGGGAAGGAGACAUGGCAGCUUGGAGUCCCACCAAACCAGCAUUGACUCCCCAACUUCCUGCAUCACCCCAACCCCCUAAAUGUCUUUCCAGAGCUCAGAAAAUACCUGACUCUCCCUGUCUCACUUCCGGGAUUCCUUCUGGUUUGUAGGGCAAUGUAAACCCCUCAACCUGCAGACUGGACGUAUGGUCUUUGUGAAGAGCAACUGCCACUGGGACGUAGCUCGCUAGACUAGUUGCCAUGGUGGGCAAUGUGCUUCUAAAGUGCCCCUAAGGUGGUCCACAUUGUUAGAGGACAGAGGAAACAACAUAUUUUUGUUUUGCCUUAUGGUUUCUCCUACGCGGCCCCCCCCCCCUCCCCCCAGAUCAGGUUAGCAGUCCUAGCAGUGGUUGACCUUGACAGUGAUAGGAGCUCUACCAAUGUGUCCUUUAUUCAAGAUACACAUUUUACCCCUCACGACCCACAUUGCGGCUACCCAUCUCCAAAGGACUGGACUCGUUGCCAAGCCUGUGAAUGGUUAUGUCGGCGUGCUGUGCGGAUCUCUCUGUCCCCUUCCAAACACACACUGGAUUUGGAUGUUCAGUUCUUGCAUUUUCUGUGCUUACACUAUAGCUCACAGAAUGGUACAAAAACCCGCUGGUGCUGGGUGGCCAUCUCACUGCGUAUUGAGUUCCCAUAGGUAGUAGUCAGGCAAGGUGCCUUGAUCCUCCAGAGCAAAAGGCGUCUUCCCAUCCCAUGCGCGGAAGUGAUGAUCCCAAGCGCUUUAUUUUGUAGGUCUGAUGCUAUGAGCUCCUCUGGUCGUGAAGGAUUUAGCUGUUGUUUCCUACUAGAGUUUUUUUUUUUUUUUUUAAAUCUUCA